CGGCGUUCAAAAAACCGCCGACCGGUGCUGCCUCGGACGUUCUUUUCCAGAAUCAGUCGCGAGUGUGCUGCGAUAAAGUUUGGUUAGAAAUCAUGGCGUUAGUUUCUGCUAGGACCGUUUUAUACCCCGCCCUGCGGCAGACCGUGAGGCAGUUGAACUUCACCCGGCAGUUGGCUAAAUACCAACGUCGCAACCAACUAUGCAGUCGCCUGUACUUACCAGAGGUCACCGUUCAGAGACUCUACGCCGAGAAGGUUGUAUUUGCCAGAGACAAGCCCCACGUGAACAUUGGAACCAUUGGCCACGUCGAUCAUGGAAAGACCACCUUGACUGCUGCCAUCACAAAGGUGCUGUCGGAGAAGGAGCUGGCAAAGGCCAAGAACUACAACGAGAUCGACAAUGCUCCAGAGGAGAAAGCUCGUGGUAUCACGAUCAACGUUGCACACAUCGAGUACCAAACUGAGAAGAGGCAUUACAGUCACACGGACUGUCCUGGACACGCCGAUUACAUAAAGAACAUGAUCACUGGUACAGCUCAAAUGGACGGUGCUAUACUUGUGGUUGCCGCCACUGAUGGUGCUAUGCCUCAGACCAAAGAGCACUUGCUACUCGCCAAGCAAAUUGGUAUCGAGCACAUCGUUGUUUUCAUCAACAAGGUGGAUGCUGCCGACGCCGAAAUGGUCGAGCUUGUUGAAAUGGAAAUCCGCGAGCUCAUGACUGAGAUGGGCUACGAUGGAGACAAAAUCCCAGUUAUCAAAGGAAGUGCCCUCUCUGCUCUGGAAGGUAAGAACCCCGAGAUCGGAAGCGAGGCCAUAAUGAAGCUCCUGGAACAGAUCGAUGGAUACGUACCCGUGCCAGUUCGCGAUCUGGACAAACCCUUCCUCUUACCAGUAGAAGGUACCUACUCCAUUCCCGGUAGAGGAACUGUCGUCUCGGGUCGCUUGGAACGUGGAAAACUGAAGAAGGGCCAGGAAGUCGAAUUCGUAGGGUACAACAAACAAUUAAAGAGCACGGUUACUGGUAUAGAGAUGUUCCACAAAAUUCUGGAGACGGCCGAAGCUGGUGAUCAGUUGGGAGCUUUGAUCAAGGGUGUGAAGCGAGAAGACAUCAGGAGGGGAAUGAUUAUGGCUAAGCCGGGAUCCGUAAAGGCUUACGAUCAUGUGGAGGCUCAAGCCUAUAUUCUAACCAGUGAGGAAGGUGGACGUAAGAAGGCGGUUCAGGAUCACAUCCAACUUCAAAUGUACAGCAAGACCUGGGAUUGUCCUGCCCAAGUUACCAUUCCAGGAAAGAACUUGGCUAUGCCUGGUGAAGACGCAAAAUUGGACCUGAAACUUCUCAAAAAUAUGGUAUGUGAGAAGGGACAACGUUUCACGUUGAGAGACGGUACCGUGACAGUUGGCACUGGUGUCAUCACUAAUCUCCUUGCUCCUCUCACUGAGAACGAAAAACUGGUUCUGGUGGAAGGUAAGAAGGGUCUUAGGAAACUGGAGAGGAAACAACAGAAGAGUUAAGGAUGUAAAUAAAUAUUUUGCGUAACCAAACGUCAAAUUUGCUACUUAGAAUACCUGUAUUGUAGCUAUCAUCAGUUAUAUAAUGAAACCAACCAACUUCUUUGAGUUAAAAAAAUGUCAAAUGUUUCAUUCAAGCUAUAUUAGAUCAUCAAAUGAUUUAAGCACAUUCCUGUGGAAAAAAAAUAAAACGUAUCUAAAUGAAAAAACCGUUGACAUCUUUUUAGUUUGAUCGAGUUCGCUAUUUGUUUAAGAAUAUUAUGUAGGUUUUAUAGACGUAUCUCUACACAUUUUAAGUUUAAAUGAUUUCAUCAGAAAAUGAAAUGUCAAGUUCCACAUUUUGUUUUAUUAAUAAGUUAAAAAUGUAUAAAAUUUGAACUAGACACCGAGUGUUUUGUUAUAUAUAAAAACGACAAAUUCAUGUUUAAAAUAAAAGACUUUAAUAAUAAAUGCGAAAA